UUGAUUUGUUUUUCGUCUGUUCUGUUUCAGGAUUUUCUGAGAUCCCCGUCUGCGGAGUUUCAGCUGAACAAAAGCGGAGGAAGACUCCUCUUCUCCUUCUCCUGCCCCCCUCCCUCUCACCUCCCGCCCUCCUCCUCCUCCUCCUCCUCCUCUGGCUCAUCCAUACAAACUCCAUCCUCCUGUCUUAAACAAACUCACUCCUCUCCGCGACAUCCGCUCAGCCUCUUCGUCCUCCCGCUCCUCCUCAUCCUCCGCAUCACGCUGAGCACCGGCAUGCUGUGGAAGUCCAGAACCAAGACCGAUGUGGCGCAGGAGCGCACGGACGGACUGAGCGUCUCCUCUCCCGGGGGGCGCCUCUCCCAGCUGUCCUCGCUGAACCAGGCCGCGUACUCGUCCGCCCCCCCACUCUGCCACACGCCGGCCUCCGACUUCCAGCCACCCUACUUUCCCCCUCCGUACCCGCAGUCCUCGCUGCCGUACUCCCAGAGCCAGGACUCGGCCUACUCCCACCUGCCGGACCCCUACUCCUCCAUCAACUCCCUGCAUCAGCACCAGCAGGCGGCAUGGCACUCGCAGAGGUCGCGCUCCGAGGACGGGGCGCUGCUGGCUCAGUCUCACCGCGCGCUGAGCCUGGACCCCCGCCGGGAAUACUCGGCCGUGCCGCGGCUCCUGCACGGCCUCGGGGAGGGCGCUGCGGCCCUCGGGGAGGGUCCUCUGGGGAUGCACCUGGGACAUCACGGCUUGGAGGAUCUGCAGGGCAUGGAGGAGGGAUCCGCUCUCGGCAUCCUGGACCAUUCCGUCAUUAAAAAAGUUCCCCUCCCAUCCAAGCUCAACGGCUCCUCGCUGUCGGCACUAUCCAUCGGGAAGGAGGGCCUAGGGAUGGGCGCCGUGUCCAACCCGGCCGAGGUUUUCUGCUCUGUGCCGGGCCGCCUGUCGCUGCUCAGCUCCAACUCCAAGUACAAGGUGACGGUCGGGGAGGUGCAGCGCCGCCUCUCUCCACCUGAGUGCCUCAACGCCUCCCUGCUGGGCGGAGUCCUGCGCAGGGCAAAGUCGAAGAAUGGUGGCCGCUGUCUGAGGGAGCGUCUAGAGAAGAUUGGCCUCAAUCUGCCUGCCGGGCGUCGCAAGGCCGCCAACGUCACACUGCUGACAUCUCUGGUAGAGGGGGAGGCCGUCCAUCUGGCGCGAGACUUCGGUUACGUUUGUGAGACAGAGUUUCCAGCCAGAGCUACGGCGGAGUACCUGUGCAGACAGAGCGACCCGGACCAGCUGCAGACGCGACGUAGCAUGCUGCUGGCCACAAAGGAGGUCUGUAAGGAAUUUGUGGACCUGAUGUCCCAGGACCGCUCCCCGCUCGGCGGAAGUCGUCCCACCCCCUGCCUGGAACCAGGCGUCCAAGGAAGCCUCACCCACUUUAGCCUGCUGACCCAUGGUUUCGGCACCCCCGCCAUCUGCGCUGCGCUCUCCGCCUUCCAGAGCUACCUGAUGGAGGCCAUUAAAAUGCUGGACAAGGGUGAGGGCGGAGGGAAGAGCCACCAUGACAAGGAAAUGAAGCACCGCAAAUGAAAUUACAAAGCAUGCAUGGGGGGGGGCGCAGACUGUGUAACAGACUUUAUGCCCACCGGCUCUAUUGAGGACCCAAGGCCGGCGAUGUUUCUGAAGAGGUGAUUUAUAGCAAGCCAAAAGAAACAAGAAGCACUGGGAACUACAGCGUUUUGGGCGACAAGAUUCUGCAUUUCCUACCACUUUUUGUCCCUUCUGGCUUGCCAUAAGGGACUCAGGUCGACGCACGGACCUUUUCAUCUCCCCGACAGACAUGGCUUCUGAAAAUGCUGGGGGUGGGAGGGGCUCUUAUUUAUUUAUUUAUUGGUUUACCCUGUUUAUUUUACUUUCCAAUCCCAACAUACACGCGCACUCACACUCUCCUGGGAAGGGUCAGAAGCCAUAUCCGACAGCCGCUCUGUGCUCCUCUGCCAGACUUUACUGUGACGGACGCAACCCUCCGUUUGAAGUUCCCUGCAACAGGUGAUGAUGGGAAAUUGAGUUUCUGAGAGGCAGCUAACGCAGAUUUUUUUUCUUUUAAUUUCAAAGUGUUGGUAACUUAUAAAAAUCAUUUUGUACUUUCUGUGACUGUUUAUUAUUACCGUUGUUAUUAUUGUAUUACUGAAUAAAUGUAAUAUAUUAUUAAAGAAUUAAGAAUUUG